UUAUCAGUGCGAGACUUGUACGGGAAGUCGGCAUUCUUCCUCGCAAAUUCUGCAUCUUUUCUCUGGAGUAUUCAUAGAAAAACAAAGAUGGCGCAAGUCAUGACGAGACGAAGCUUUGCAAAGAGGAGUGAUUUAGACCUGAUGAUGGAAUGUGAGGAUGAUGACCUUUCACCUGCACAACGUGAAUUAUUUCAAACUCAGUUGGCCGAACAGCGAAAGUACGAUGCACAGGUAGCGAAGUACAAUGCCGAAAAAGCUAAACAGGAUCAGCAAGUGCAGAUUCUGCAGCAACACCAUACUGUACAUUCCUUUUCGGAAAUGCCUCGCAUGGUGCCGAAUAUCUCAAUGAAAGGGUCAAAUAUGCGAGUGACGAAUCAGAGGACUAUGCUGAAGACUAUGCUAGCAAACAAGCCAAGUAACAUCAAAACGGUAACGAAUGCAUCAAGUAUUGUUCAGACUAUUGCAAAGCAAAUUGGUACGCCAACAUCAGGGAUAUCACCUGCGUCUAACGUGGGACAGUCGUACAUCCUCGCGCCCAAUAGCAGAACGCCCAUUCACCUACAAGCCCAAGGAACAUCUAUGGUACAGCAGCCAAUAGCGGUGCCAAGCCAGCCUAUGAACACCUCAGCUUCAGCGCCAUCAACUCGAUAUAUUAUUCAGAAAUCAACACCAACAGUUUCAUUAUUGUCGUCCCAACCAUUGCAUUCAUUAGCACAGACACAGCCUGUGAACAAUAGCACACAGUAUCAAAGAUAUCCAGCUGCUCAAAUGCAAACCAUUCCACAACAGUCUAUCAUCAACACAAACUAUGGGCGUCAUUAAAUCCUAAUUAUUCAACUACUGCAAAUCAAUCGCCAGCGACAACAAAUAGUUAACGUCAGUGUCCCCACGUCUACAGCUUCAAACAAUCUAAGUGGAUCGCCGAAAAAUAAUUUAAAAACUACUGUUAUUCGUGUACCGACUGGGGUCAAUAUCCAACAGCACCUCGGCCAAAAUUAUAAGUUGCUUACUUCAGCUGGUAACGUGUAUCACUAUGUAUACAGUCCGGCUACGAAUACACUGGUGCAACCAGGUGUAAAAGUCACCCAGAUGCACAAUCCUGUCCAGACUGCUCCACCAAAGAACCAUCCACCUUCUACCUCUACAUCAUUACCAAGAGAAGUCACAGAUAUUCUCCUAGGAAAGCCUCCUAAUCGAACCAAACCAACUUUCCCUCAGAGUUCACAAAGGGAUAAAGUGCCUAUG